CGGGCUCGUCGCGGGGUGGUGACGCGGCGGCGGGGCGCGGGGAGGAUGGGGCUGUGAGGGCGCCGGACACCCCGCGCCGCGCCGAGCGGGACCAGCGGGCUCCGCACCGGGCCCGCCGCUGCCGUGCGACUCGCAGGAGGCGGUAGUGAAAAAGAAAACCUCAAGAUGAGUAAAAAGCCUCCCAAUCGUCCUGGAAUCACAUUUGAGAUUGGUGCUCGCUUGGAGGCACUGGACUAUUUACAGAAAUGGUAUCCAUCUCGUAUUGAGAAGAUAGAUUAUGAAGAGGGGAAGAUGUUGGUCCAUUUUGAACGAUGGAGUCAUCGUUACGAUGAGUGGAUUUACUGGGACAGCAAUAGGUUGCGACCCUUGGAGCGACCAGCAUUAAGGAAAGAAGGGCUAAAAGAUGAUGAAGAAUUUGUUGAUUUUAAACCUGGAGAAGAAGUACUAGCUCGUUGGACAGACUGUCGAUACUACCCUGCAAAGAUUGAAGCAAUUAAUAAAGAGGGAACCUUCACAGUACAGUUCUAUGAUGGUGUUAUUCGAUGUCUUAAGAGGAUGCAUAUCAAAUCUAUGCCAGAGGAUGCAAAAGGACAGGCGCGCGAGAGGGAGCAGAUAGCGCCGGAGCUGAGAUUAGUGACGGAAAUCGAACCAAAAGAAGAUUGGAUAGCUUUGGUCAAAGCUGCUGCUGCAGCAGCAGCCAAGAACAAAGCAGGAAGUAAACCUAGAACCAGCGCAAACAGCAAUAAAGAUAAAGAGGACAGAAAAUGGCUAAAAGUUCCUUCAAAAAAGGAAGAAACCUCAACUUCUACAAUCAUGCAGGAAGUCCAAAAAAAGGAAGAGGAGCCUACAUCUAGUGAUACAUUUGUAGGAUUUCCUGUAGUGGAUGUUCCAAAGAUGGCCUUUGUGCAGGCAGAGAGCACGUUAUCACACAAGAGGAAAAGUAAUUUAGGCAACUCAUUUCAGGCAAAGAGAGCUCGUCUUAACAAGAUCACUGGUUUAUUGGCAUCCAAAGCUGUUGUUGCGGAUGGUGCUGAAAAAAAGGAAGGCAACAAAGAAACAGCUCCAGUCCUGGAGCAGGAGAUUUCACCUAAACCACAAAGUCAGAAAAAAAAUGAAGCUGAUAUUAGCAGUUCUGCCAACAUUCAGAAACCUGCACUGUUAUCCUCAACUUUGUCUUCAGGAAAGGCUCGCAGCAAGAAAUGCAAACAAGAAUCUGGAGAUUCUUCUGGGUGUAUAAAGCCCCCUAAAUCACCACUUUCCCCAGAAUUAAUACAAGUCGAGGAUUUGACGCUGGUCUCUCAGCUUCCUUCUUCUGUGAUAAAUAAAACUAGUCCAUCACAGCCAGUGAAUUCCCCUAGAUCCUACAAACAUAGCCAACGGAGAAGAAGAUCACAGCGUUUAGCCACUUGCUCCUUGCCUGAUGAUUCUGUAGAAAAAGUUUCUUCUCCCUCUUCAGUUACUGAUGGAAAAGUGUUCUCCAUCAGUGGUCAAAACCAACAGUCAUCAAAAUUGGAGGUACCUGAUGUUGCUCAUAUGUCACUUGAGAAGCGUGGACCAUGUCUCCCUCUUGAUUUAAGCCGUAGUUCGGAAGUUACAGCACCAUUAUCCACAGAAUCCACUUUCCGUAAUGAAUAUCCCAGUAAAGACAAGGAAGAUAUUCAGAUGAUUACAUAUCUUUCUUCCAAAGCAGUAACUGAUGGAAGAGUAGCUACAACAGCGUCAGCACCCUCGUCCCAUGUACAUGCCUUGCAUCUGGAAAUGCCUUUAACCAAUAGUCUAAAGUUACCCAAAGGGAAUAGUAAAAAAAAGAGGUCUUCCACAUCAGUGAGCUCUGAAGGGACAGAGAUACAGUGCUCUGUGCCCAUAAAGGAGAAAAGUUUUGAGAGUCUGAAGGAGCAAAUAUUAAAGAACAUGAUUGAGAAGGACAAGCAUUCAGAAGUUGGUGCUGUGAGAAUGGAGAGAAAAGGGAAACUGGAAGAGAAAAGUUCUUCAACAUAUGGUAAAAGGAAAGAAAAGGAAAAGGAGAAAAAAGAGAAAAAGGAGAAAGAUCAUAAAUCAAAGCAGAAAAAGAAGAAGAAAAAAAAGAAGAAAUCUAAACAGCAUGAUUAUUCAGAUUAUGAAGAUAGCUCUGUUGAGUUCUUGGACAGGUGCUCCUCUCCAUUAACACGGUCCUCGGGGAGCUCUCUGACUCUGCGCAGUAUGUUCUCAGAGAAGAAUACAUCAUACCAGUAUCCAAGAGCUAUCUUAUCUGUUGACCUUAGUGGAGAAAACCUUUCAGAUAUGGAAUUCUUGGAUGAUUCCUCUACAGAGAGUUUGUUACUUAGUGGUGAUGAAUACAAUCAGGAUUUUGAUUCAACUAACUUUGAAGAGUCUCAGGAUGAAGAUGAUGCUCUAAAUGAAAUUGUUAGAUGCAUUUGUGAACUGGAUGAAGAAAAUGGCUUUAUGAUUCAGUGUGAAGAAUGCUUGUGUUGGCAGCACAGUGUAUGCAUGGGACUGUUGGAGGACAGCAUUCCAGAGCAGUACAUCUGUUAUAUCUGCAGAGAUCCACCAGGUCAGAGGUGGAGUGCCAAAUAUCUUUAUGAUAAAGAGUGGUUAAACAAUGGACACAUGUGUGGAUUAUCAUUUCUGAAAGAGAACUACUCUCAUCUUAAUGCCAAAAAGAUUGUGUCAACGCAUCACCUACUGGCAGAUGUAUAUGGUGUAACUGAAAUAUUGCAUGGACUGCAGCUGAAGAUUGGGAUAUUAAAAAAUAAGCAUCACCCAGACCUUCAUCUCUGGGCUUAUUCAGGGACACGAAAAGAACAAGAGCAAAUAACUGUUGGGGUAGAGAAAAAAUCAGUGACUUUGCCAGAUUCUGUUAAUCCAACCGGAAGGACAUGUCGUAGUCAAAACCAUAGAGAGCCACGCAGCAUACCCCAGAAGAUGGGAGAAACUUACAUCACAAAGUAUCAGACAGAAUCCCAACCGUUACGUCCAUGUGAACUGCAGAGAGAAAAGGCUUUUUCAGAAGGUAGAACCUAUGUUCCUCAGUGCUCAGAAGAUGGCCAGUUCAGGACUGUACAGUGCAGUAGGAAUGGUCUUUCCUGUUGGUGUGUGGAUGAGAAUGGCAUCGAGGUACCUGGUAGCAAACAGAGCGGAUAUCCCGUAUCGUGCUUAUCCUUCUGCCAGCUGCAGAAGCAGAGGAUCUUGGUGAGUCGAUACAUCAACAGCAGUAGCAUCUCCUAUGUCCCUCAGUGCCUGGAUUCAGGGGCUUUUGAUGUGGUGCAGUGCGACACGGAGCUGGGUCAGUGCUGGUGUGUGGAUCCAGAAGGAAUGGAGAUUUAUGGCACGAGGCAGAAAAGAAAGCCAAGGCGGUGUCCGGGGAACUGUGAGAUCCGAGACCGCCGCAUUCUGCAUGGGUUUGGGGAGAAGAGCCCACCUCAGUGCUCAGCAGAUGGAGAGUUUCUGCCUGUCCAGUGCAAGUUUGUCAACACAACAGACAUGAUGUUUUUUGACCUCCUUCAUAGCUAUAACAAGUUCCCGGGGGCUUUUCAAACAUUCAGCUCCUUGCGGGAGACGUUCCCGGAGGUCUCUGGGUACUGUUACUGUGCGGACAGCCUGGGGAGGGAGUUGGCAGGCACUGGCCUGGAACUGCUGCUCGAUGAGGUUUAUGACACGGUUUUCUCUGCACUGGAGCCUGCCCGCAUGUUCACAGAGAGCAGCUUGUACCGGAUCCUGCAGCGGCGGUUUCUGGGGGUCCAGCUCGCUACCUCGGGCAAGUUCAGAUGCCCCUCAAAGUGUGAAGUAGAGCGGUAUGCAGCCCUGCGCUACCAGCACGUCUAUGUGCCAUCGUGUGAUGCUGAUGGGGGCUACACGCCAGUGCAGUGCCAGCAGGGAGGACAGUGCUGGUGUGCUGACACCAAAGGACAAGAGAUCCAGGGCACAAAGAGACGGGGACAGCCUCCCGCCUGUGGUGAAGAGCAAGUAUGCAUCUCUGAGAGGCGACAGGCCCUCUCGAGGAUCUUCUAUGGCCCUGCUGGGUACUUCAGUCAGCCCAAUUUGUUUUCUACACCAGAUAUGCAGACAGAAAAACUAGCUGGUUUCUCAAGACCCUGCCCUCCCUCCUUCAAGGAGCUGUUUCUGGACUCUGGAUUGUCAUCCCCCGUUGCAAAAAGCCCAUAUGCCAGCCAGAUUCCUGGGCUAGAAACCACCCUUAGUGAAGCCAUAGCGGGGAUGUUCCCAUCAAGGGAACUGGCUCAAGUGGCACUGCAGUUUACCACCAACCCAAAGCGUUUCCAAGAGAACCUCUUUGGAGGAAGGUUCUUGAGGAAUUUGAUUCAGUUUAACUUCACAGGGGCACUUGGCACUAGUGGGAAGUACAGCAUUGGCCAGUUUUUCCCAGAGGAAGAGGUGGCAGAGACGGAUAAUAGCCAAGGCCUGGAAUCAGCUGAAGCAUUUUCAUUGGAAGUAUCAAAGGGGAGCUCCAUUUUGAGUAAACCUCUUGUGGACAGCUUUGGCCGCACAGUAAUUCUGCAGGACAAUCAGAAUAUGCUUAAAUUCCUUUCCUCUGUUUUGGAGCUACCAGAGUUCUUCACUUUUCUUAAACAAGCAAUUUCUGUCCCCAGAAGCAUUGCUGAAGAUUUAGGUGAAGUAGUGAAACUAGCACUUGGAUCUGAAGACUGCAGUGUGGAGCAAAGGGAUCUGUUUGUUCCAACAUGCACCAAGGAGGGGAGGUAUGAGGAAGUUCAGUGCUAUGCAGGAGAGUGCUGGUGUUUGGACACUGCAGGUAAGGAAAUUCCAGGCUCAAGGUCUCAAGGCAAACGUCCAAGGUGUCCCACUGAUUGUGAGAAGCAAAGGAGAAACCUGCAAAACUUGAAGCAAAGCUUGCCUGCGGGAUCAGAUCUUUUUAUUCCUUCUUGUACGGAGGAUGGAGACUUUCUUCCACGCCAGUGUUAUGGGACGAAUUGCUUCUGUGUUGAUUUGACUGGCAAGACUAUUCCAGGAAUAAGGGGAAAAGCUGGAAAGACAAUGCAGUGCCCAAGCGCUUGCCAAGUAACAGCUGGUGAGGAGUUUCUAAAGGCUGUGAGGCUCCUGUUGUCAGAACCAAGUGCUCUGUCUCAGCCCUACAGCGUUUACCUCCCUCAGUGCGAUGCUGAGGGUGCCUGGAGGCAAGUGCAGUGCAGUGGUCCUCCUGAGCAAGCCUUUGAAUGGUAUGACAGGUGGAUUGCAGAGAACAACGAAGGCAAAAGCUUGCCCAUUGCUGAUCUAUUGAGCAUCAUAACUGGGUAUAAAGAGGCAUCUUCCAAAGGCUUCUCAGCUUUUGUUAAAGCUUUGUAUGAGGCUGGGCACCAGAAUGUCUUCCCAGCAUUCUCCACGUACUCGUCUUUCACCGAGCUCCCACCUGAAGUGCUGGAAGGAAACUUGACCUAUGCACCUGAGAACAUUUUACUGGAUCCAUAUAUAUUCUGGCAGCUUCUGAAUGAGCAGCUGACCUAUUACCCAGGGCCCUACACUGAUUUCAGUGCUUCAUUAAGCCACUUUGAAUUUCGUGACUGUUGGUGUGUUGAUAGCAGAGGAGAAGAACUGCAGGGAACAAAGGCAGAAGUGAACCAGGUCCCGACAUGUCCUGGUAUAUGUGAAGGUGUUAAGCAAGAAGCCAUGAAAUUUAUGGAAGAGGCAGAGCAGCUCAUCCUGGCAUCAAACCGUUCCCACUUUGCUUUUGGAGAGAGCUUCCUGAUGGCAAAGGGAAUACAGCUCACAGACAGGGACCUCCUACGUUUUGCUCGGCCCUACGAGUCAGAGGUGGUGGUCUCCAAAAAGCUGUUAUCAGGCAGUGACUAUGCUCUCCAGCUGGCUGCACAGUCAGUCUUGCAUUUCUACUGGAGGAAUCACUUUGCUUCGAAAGGUUCUGCUGGGGAAGCGAUGCAGCUGGGAUUUCUUCCUUACAUCCCACAGUGUGAUGGCCUGGGGAACUGGGAGCCAACACAGUGCUAUGAGAGCACAGGUCACUGCUGGUGUGUGGAUGAGAGAGGACGCUAUGUCGUGGAUUCCUUGGUCUCACGCUCAGCACAACUUCCUAAAUGCCAGACAUCAUGUCAGCGAUCUCGAACCAAUGCCUUAAUUUCCAGCUGGAGACAGAGUGGUUCAAGGCUGGGUGCCUCUACAGCUGAUCUAUUCAUCCCCUACUGCCUUGAGACAGGAGAAUACGCUGUGCUACAGAGAUCCAGCACAGAUAUUUGGUGUGUAGAUCCUGUGUCAGGAGAAGUAUUUCAGCGUGGCAGCAAAGAUUUGGACGGCAAUCCAGAGUGUCCUAGUUUCUGUACUAUGCUGAGGUCUAAAGCUGGUUUACGGGAAGCUGGCAAAGGCUACAUCCCACAGUGUGAAGGGGACAACGGGGCAUUCUCAUCCAUGCAGUGCAGCCAGGAUCAAGAGAGCUGUUGGUGUGUCUUUGACAACGGAGAAGAAGCGCCAGGCACACGAGUAAGCAGAGGAAGACCUGAGUGUGCAAGUCCACAGUGUGCUCUGCCAUUCGAUGCCUCAUCCAUACUUAACGGAGCUCUAUUUUGUGAAAACAUUUCUGAAGCUCCAAACAUUCAGCAGUGCUGGCUGGUGUGUCGCCAGGGCUUCCACAGUGCCUCUUCUAACAUGUCCUUUCAGUGUGAUGUGCAACAGCGUCAAUGGGUCUCGACUGCCCCGCUCUACCAGGCCUGCCAGAAGCUCCAGUUAUUCCAGACAGUCCAAGUUCAAGCACACUUUCAACUACUACUGCCUCCUGAGAAGACCUGUAGUUCUGACUACUCUGGAUUACUCCAGGCAUUCCAGAUAUUCAUUUUAGAUGAGUUGAAAGCUCGUGGUUUAUGUCACCUCCAGGUAAAUGCGUUUGGAAACACGGGCUCAAUUUCUGUCUGUGAUGAUUCCACUGUCUAUGUUGAAUGCCUGGGCAUGGACCGCCUGGGGGUGAAUGUCACAUGGAGGACUCAGCUGGAAAACAUCCCAGCAGCUUCUCUUCCCGAUUUACAUGAUAUUGAAAAUGCAAUUGUUGGAGAAAAUCUCAUUGGAGCAUUUAUAAAAGAGAUUAAGGAUGGUGAUUUCCUGCUGUAUUUGGAGUCCAAGCAGUUCCUAGCAGAUUCUUUUGUUGAUUUUCUGCGGGAUGAAGAGUUUGAUCUAUCUCCAAGUGUGCAGCUGGGAUGUCGAAGCGGGUUUCGAAGAAUAUCAUCUCCUGGGCAAGCAGUCCCAAAUUCACAAGGAUGUGUUGUUUGCCCUCCAGGCAGUCAUUUCCAGAACAAUGAAUGCAUUCCCUGCCCUCUUGGCUACUACCAGUAUCAGACAGGACGUUCCUCCUGUAUCAAGUGUCCUGUGGGCAAAACUACCAACGCCUAUGGCGCAACCAGUGCUGAACGCUGCAUGACGUACUGUCAAAGCAACGAGCAGGGUCUGCAGUGUGAUGACGAGGGCCAGUAUAGACCUUCCCAGCAAGACCCUGACACUAAGAAAUCCUUCUGUGUUGACAGCUUUGGAGCAGCACUGGGCUGGACUGAAGCAGAUGAUCUCCUUACAGACGACCAGUGCCUAGUGCUCAGAAAAUUUGAGAGAGCUCCUGCCUCCAGCCUGGUUUAUGGGUCAGAAGAAGCUCAAAUACUUCAGUCUCGGUCAUUUGGGAGAGACCUGCAAAAUCCAGCUUUUCAGUGCAUUUCAGGCUGUGAGAUGGACGACGCAUGUGGUUUUGUGGCUGUAACUCCUGCUGGUGCUAAAGUUCUCUGUGAAUUAUACAGUGCUGCUGAAGUCAACUUCAACUGCAUCACCUCAGGAUUGGUGCAAGGUGUUUUGGGGAACCCUGAUGCCACGGGCAUUGGUCGUCUCAGCUGUCUGAUUCAUGUCAGGAAUCCUGAGGGAGAUGCAGUGAUGGUCUAUUUGAAGAGAGAACAGAAAUUUAACUCAUCUGGACUCAAGACCUUUGAAAGGACCAGUUUUCAGAAUGUGCUUUCUGGCGUGUAUCGCUCCAUGGUGCUCUCAGCAGCUACAGCAUCUCUGACUGAUGCUCAACUCUUCUGUCGGCAGACAUGCAGCAGGGACUCUUGCUGUGAUGGCUUCAUCUUGAAUCAGAAUGCGCUUGAUGGAGGUACCAUUUUGUGUAGUUUGAUGAGCUACCCAGAUGUGCUGAUCUGCAGUGUGAAUGGCUGGAGGCCAACACCAACAUCACUCAUAGAUCAGAUAUGUAAAGGUGUGACCUAUGACGAAAGAGAGACGAUGUUUUCCUUCACCCUGGGAGGACAAAUGUUCAGUGGAACUUCUAGGUUGGUAGAAGCAGCAGAAAGAAAUUUUACAACCUUUCAGCAAGUUUACCUAUGGAAAGGCUCUGACAUGCUCACUCGGACUGAAACCGCUGCAUGCAAUACUACUGCUUUGAAGGCAGACAAUGAUCUGGAGUUAUCAGAUUCCACAAAGAAUCUUUUCUACCUAAUGGACAGCAGCCAAAUACAAAGUGGCCAGAACUAUUCUCUCCCUUACCAGCAGUACUGGGUCUUCAGGCAGAAGUACUCAACAGAGGAAGCUGUGCUUUGGUGUCUCACAAGAUGUGCACAAGAGGAUGAGUUUUGUCGAAUAUCAGAUAUUCAGAACGCUGCAGACACAUACGUUGUGUGUACCCUUUAUCCAGAGGCACAGAUUUGUGAUGACAGCAUUGAUCAAAUGCCAGAAAACUGUCGAACCGUGCUACCCUGGCAACCACAGACAUUGUAUCGUAAAAUAGUCACUCUAAAAGGUUCUGUGAAGAGCUUCUACACACGCAUACCAUUCCGGAAAGCAAUGGGUAUCUCAGUGAGGAAUACAACUGACAUGAGCAGAAAAGCUGUUUCAGAUGGCUUCUUUGAUUGUGAGCGUUGGUGUGAUGCUGACCCCUGUUGCACAGGAUUUGGCUUUUUUAAUGACUCGCAGCUAUCAGGUGGAAAGAUAAUGUGCCUGACUCUGAACAGUUUAGGAAUCCAGACAUGUGCUGAGGAGACAAGAAGUGCUUGGCAAGUUUCAAAUUGUAGUUCACCAGAUGCUGAAGUCAGAGUACACCCAUUUGGCUGGUAUCAAAAGCCUGCUGACCUGAAGAACACCAUGCCUAACCUCUGUCCGCCUGUUAGCUCACCUCUCAGGCCAGAAAGGGAGUAUUUGGAUAUAUGGCAACCCUUAAAUGUGUCCUCUGUUCUCAUGGAUUCAUCCAUCUCAAACUUUGAAGUUGUGCAAGUUAGUAGAGAUAUAUCCAAUUACUUCUCCACCGCCAGAGAAUAUUGCCUAUCUGCUUGUUCAAAGAACCAGUCAUGUACAGUAGUUACACUGGAAGUCCAGCCUUCAGCAGUCAGAUGCCUUUUUUACCCUGAUACUCAGAUAUGCACACAUGGUCUUCAAAGACACAGCUGCCGGCUUUUAAUCAAAGAACCAGCUACAUAUAUCUAUAGGAGACGAGAUUUAUUCCUGUCCAUUUCUGAAUCGGAUUUAACCCCAUCUGUGUACCUCCCAUCCCAUGGAGACCUGAUGGGCAAAUCCCAGGUGAUCCAUGUUGGCUCGGAGUGGAAAAAUAUCAUCCAGUUCUUGGGGAUCCCAUAUGCUGCACCUCCCCUUGCAGCAAGGCGCUUCAGUCCUCCAGAGCCAUUUGCUGGGGUGGAAACAUGGAAUGCUACUGUGGCUAGGGCAGCUUGUUGGCAGCCGGGAGAUGGAGAGGCCCCGUCAUACUCUGUCAGUGAAGACUGCCUAUAUCUGAACGUCUUUGUUCCUGCCACCACUGUGAAAAACUUGUCAGUGUUGCUGUUCUUCCACAAUGGAGAGAGUUACAGUGCUGAGGCUGGAAAGACAACCAUAGAUGGAUCAUACCUAGCUGCCAUCAGUAACAUCAUUGUUGUGAUGGCAAACUACCGGGUCGGUGUUUUUGGCUUCCUUAGUACUGGUUCUCCUGAUGUGAUUGGAAACGCCGGCCUUUUGGAUCAGUUAGCAGCUUUGAAGUGGGUGCAGCAGAACAUUGUGAGCUUUGGAGGAGACCCAAGCAGGGUUUCUUUAGGAGCUGACCGUGGUGGAGCUGAUGUUACUAGCAUCCACCUGCUCACAGACACAGCUGAUAUGGAACUCUUCAGAAGGGUAGUGUUGAUGGGAGGCUCAGCUUUUUCUCCAGCAUCUAUUAUUACUAAGAGGAGAGCACAGACCCAAGCAGCAGUCCUGGCUGAAGAUGUGGGAUGCCCUUCAUCCACCAUUGAAGAAAUUGUAGCCUGCCUCCGCCAGUUGCCUGCUCGUGUCCUCAAUGACGCACAGACUAAGCUCCUAGCUAUAAGCGGCCCAUUCCAGUACUGGGGUCCAGUGGUGGAUGGAAUUUACCUUCGGGAACCUUUAGCUAAAGCCCUGCAGCGUCCUCAACUUCGGAAAGUAGAUCUGCUCAUUGGAAGUGCUCAGCAAGAUGGGUUGAUCACCAGAGCUAAGGCCAUUAAGAAAUUUGAAGAAAGUCAAGGAAGAGCCAACAGCAAAACAGCCUUUUACCAGGCUCUGCAAAAUUCUCUAGGAGGAGAAGACUCCAACUCAUUCAUUGAAGGUGCAGCUACAUGGUAUUACUCCCUCGAACACUCAACUGAUGAUUAUUCAUCCUUUUCCAGGGCUUUGGAAAAUGCCACCCGUGACCAGUUUAUCAUGUGUCCCAUCAUAAACAUGGCCAGUCACUGGGCUGCUGCCUCCAGAGGAAAUGUCUUCAUGUACCAUGUACCUGAAAGCUCCUCACAGAGCAGUUCAGGUCAGGAGCUCUUGUUGGAUGUUCAGUAUGCAUUUGGACUGCCAUUCUACCCAAAGUACGAAGGACAAUUUACACUGCAAGAAAAGAGCCUUUCCUUGCAAAUUAUGCAGUAUAUCUCCAAUUUUGUGAACUCUGGAAAUCCAAACUAUCCUCAUAAUUUCUCAAGGAGAAUGUCAGAGAUGUUGCCUCUCUGGCCUAUGUAUCUGCCAAAUGAUGAUGGCAAUAACUACAAGGAGUUCACUGUUUCCUUGCCAACUCUUAAAGGAUUAAAAAAAGCAGACUGUUCCUUUUGGUCUGAUUAUAUCAGAAGACUAAGAGCACUCACAGGAAGUGCAAGUAAUGGAGAACCAUCUGCAGAAAACAGCCCUAGUGAAGCUCCCAGUGAAGGACUUACCUCCCCAGAGAGCCAGCCACUGGCAGAUGAGGUGGCUUACAGCAGAUGAUAGAAAGUCACAGUGGGUUUGUCAUGCAAUUGUACAUCCACGCAACUGUGUCACACCAGAUGAACAAGUUGCUUCCUUUAGUUAACUUUCUGAAUAACUGAAGUAGACCUUUCAAAAAAGUAGUUUUCCAAGAAAAUUGUUCGAUGAGUCACAAAAUA